CAGGGGUCCACGAAAGUCUUCAAGACAAGGACCCAUAAACGUCAAGCAGAAUCUUCGUACAUCGACAGUAGUAGUGGCAACGAGCAAGCCGCAUCCCGGACUACACAGCACAUGGAUGCUAGGGUGUCCUCCGAUGCUAUUCUACUGCUUCUACCGGACCCUGUCACCCCCUUUUCCUCAGCAUCAUACUCACAAACCCAAACCUUCCAUCUGGAGGACCCCGCUUCUUCAGCAGCCGUCAUUCUAGAUUGGUUCACGUCAGGUCGGAUGGCGCGAGGGGAGGAGUGGGAUUUCGAAAGGUAUCGUAGCACCAAUGAGGUGUGGAUACAAGGAAGAAGGGUAUUAAGAGAUGUCAUGCUUCUCGAGUCUCCACAGGACUCGGGUUCGACUGCAAAUAGCUUUUCUCAGCCUCGUUCAGUCCGCGAGCGGCUGGCUCCAUAUGCUUGUUAUGCAACACUAUUCAUCAUUAUUCCUUCCGAUCCAACAACAACUGGUACAACGAACCCAACGGAUUCAUCAGCAAUUUCCUUCCCUGUCAGAACAUAUAAAGCAUUGGCGGAGAUUGUAUCUCGACUGUCCGAGACCUACGAUGCAAUCCGACAAAUGCAGGCAUCAUCACCUGAAGACCUGGUCUGGUCUCUUUCGCCCCUUAACAUGCGUGCCCCAUCACUCUAUACCGACCUAGACCGUAGCGAGCUGCGCGGUGGAUUCAGCUCUGGUGUCAUCAUUCGAGUAGCUGGCCUCACCACCGAACUAGUCCGCAACUGGCUCAGGGGGAGCCUGAGGCCUCUCGAUGGACUCAUAGGCCGAGACGCUUACAAGAACGCAUUCGUAUGAUGUCUGUCCGUCAACGGAGAUUUCAGGCAGGACGAUUUCAGACGCGAAGCGAAUGCUAUUUUCCGUAGAGCGACAUUAUACUGUUACGAAAAUCGAAAACAGAAUAUCAAUGAAGGUACUUUG